AUGUUCCCCCGCUUCUUCUGCAAGAGGCCCAGUGUCAUUGGCGCCAGCUGCCACGGCUCACGCUUGCCCUGCUACGCCGCCUACGUCGACGGCGACCCGCUGCUGAUGAAUGAGCAGCUGUCAAACAGUGAGGUGGAGAUUCAGCGCGUGGUGCGGGAGUUCUGCAAGAAAAACCUCUUCCCACGUGUGAUAGACGCCUACCGCAACGAGCGCGAGGACCGUGAAAUUUUCCGUGAGCUGGGGGCAUUGGGGUUGCUGGGGCCUACCAUUGACGGCUACGGCUGCGCUGGCGCCAGCUCCGUCGCCGCAGGCCUCAUCUCGCGUGAGAUUGAGGCCAUCGACAGCGGUUACCGCUCGGCCUGGUCUGUGCAGUCCUCCCUUGUGAUGCACUCGAUUUACGCCUUUGGAAGCGAUGCACAGAAGGAACGGUUUUUGCCGAAGCUGGCGAGUGGGGAACUUAUUGGCUGUUUCGGGCUCACGGAGCUGAACGCGGGGCUGGACCCGAUGUCUAUGACGACACGGGCGCGGAAGGUGGCGGGGGGGUACAGCCUCAGGGGGCGCAAGAUGUGGAUCACCUCCGCACCGCUUGCCGACGUUGCCGUCGUGUGGGCAAAAGUUAACGACACAAAUGAUAUUGCAGGGUUUAUCGUGGAGCGAAACUUUGAGGGGUUUCUUACGGAGCAAAUUGAGGGCAAACUCUCCCUGCGUACCAGCUGCAUCGGCAUGAUUGAGCUGGACAACUGCAUUGUGCCGGAGGAGAACGCCUUACUGCACGCCACCGGUCUGAAGGCCCUCUUUGACUGUCUCAGCAGCGCCCGGUAUGGCGUCGCGUGGGGGGUGCUAGGUGCCGCUGAGACAUGUUUUAACAUAUCGCGGGACUACAGUCUGGAACGCAAACAGUUUGGCAAGCCACUCGCGUCCACGCAGCUUGUGCAGGCUAAGUUGGCGGAUGCAGUGACGGAGAUUACGCUGGGGACGCAAAGUUGCCUGCGUGCGGGGCGGUUGAAGGACGAAGGAAAGCUGUCUCACCAGGUGAUAUCCAUGUUGAAACGCAACAACACGCGUAAGGCCAUAGAAGUUGCGCGGGCAAUGCGAGACAUUUUGGGUGAGAACGGCAUUGCGGAUGAAUACCACGUCAUGCGGCACGUGUGCAACCUCGAGACUGUAUUGACGUCCGAAGGCACGUACGACAUCCAUGGACUCGCUUUGGGGCGCGCCAUCACCGGCAUGAGUGCUUUUUGA